GCCGUCUGUUGCUGCAGAAGUCACCAGUCAUUUGUCAGGCGUCACGUUAGAAAGUCAGAAAACUCCUUUCCUCAUUUCUUUUUGCGUUUAUAGUGACCCUCCAUUUGUUUGUUUUGUUUUUUUCUGGGUUCUUUUGCAAUUUGUUUGACGUCUUCCAUUUUGAUUUGUGACGACAUGUAGUAUUCCUCGACUAGGAAAUGUCUUUUAGUUUGACAUUGCGUUACGCCAAAAUGAGCAGUGUUAUCUCGUCUGUCGUCUCGUUGAGAUAACACGUGUUUUUGUCGUUUCAAUUCGUUCGGAAAUAGUUGUUUGGCGAAGAUGUUUUACAAGCCCAGACCUGGACCUGGUGGCAGCCACAAUGGAAUGAUUAAUGGAUUCCACGUCAAAUCAUUCCCCAAAAGAGUUUGGAAUAGGUGGUCUCUGCUCGUCAAAUUCUUUUUUGGUCUCAUUGUGGGAAUUAUAUUGGCCAGUCAACUGCAGUCAUUACUCAUAUCGUCUAGUGCAUGUGUCUCCUACAAAUUGUCUCCAGUCCAUCGAAAGUUAAAAGUGAACAACAUUCAAGAACGAACAGAGGUUGAAGCAAGAAACAGACAGUUGCUGUUGGUCGGAGUCAUGACAGCUGACAAAUACAUAGGGACUCGAGCCAAAGCAGUUUAUGAAACGUGGGGAAGCCAAGUUCCUGGAAAAUUGCUCUUCUUCACUUCUGAUUCACAGAAUACUACUGACGACUUGCCAGUAGUCAGGCUAAAAGGUGUAGAUGAUUCCUACCCACCUCAAAAAAAGUCAUUCAUGAUGCUCAAAUACAUGUACGAAAACUAUGGUGACAAGUUUGAGUGGUUUAUGCGAGCUGACGACGACGUUUUUAUCAAAACCGAACGUUUGGAGAUCUUCUUGAAAAAUAUCAACAGCAGUCAACCCAGGUUUAUCGGUCAGGCAGGCAAGGGAAUUGCGCAAGAAUUUGGUCUGCUGAGCCUCGAGUACGACGAAAAUUAUUGUAUGGGUGGUCCAGGAAUGAUAUUCAGUCACGUCACCCUUUCUCGAGUUGCACCCAACGUCAAGGACUGCCUAAAGAAUCUCUACACUACACACGAGGACGUUGAAUUGGGCAGAUGCGUUCAACGGUUUGCCGGCAUUCCUUGCACCUGGUCCUACGAGAUGCAGAACAUCUUCCAUCAUAGUUCCAGCGGGCGGACGGCUUUCACCGGGCCACUCAAAUCCCGUGAAGUCCACCGAGCCAUCACGUUACACCCCAUCAAAGAACACGCGCACAUGUACCGCCUCAACAACUUCCUACAGGGCGUGUCCAUACGGGAAAAGAUUUAUGACGGUCUCAAAAUACGAAGGGAAAUGGCUAAUUCGGUUGAGCAACUUCGUAAACGUCUCGGCCCGUCGUGGGAGCAGCAGCAGGACUCGAGCCAACUUGAAUCUCUGGGUUUGACGCCAAGUUUAAACAAAUUUUUGCCGGAGGACGAGAGUGACAUUUUGACGUGGAAUUUCUUGGCACGGUCGGUCGACUCGACGGAAACAGUCAACCCGAGGCGAGCCAUCGACGCCCCAUUGCGCGAGGGCGUCGAGGACGUGAUUCGAGAAGUGAUGGAAGGCAUCAACGCCAUGUCGAAAGAACGAGGUCGUGUCAUUGACUUCAAAGAGCUCCUCUACGGCUAUUACCGGCUCAACCCUCGACUUGGGGUCGACUACAUCCUUGACCUGCUCUUAGUCUACAAGAAAUACCGCGGCCGAAAGAUGAUCUUCCCCGUCCGGCGUCAUGCUUACCUCCAGCAAGCGUUCGGAGCUUUGCAGCUGCGUCCGAGUCCUCUAGUCGCCCGUGACUCUUCGACGAGCCGAAUCCAUUUCAUUCUGCCGCUGUCUGGCCGGCUGGUCAUCUUCCAGCGCUUUAUGAACAAUUUCCAGCGCGUUUGCGUCGAGCCCGACGAACAUGUCCGGCUGGUCAUUGUCCUCUACCCAACGAUGGAAACCGACGAUCCUUCGGAUGAGAUCAAGAGCUUUGUCGGGGCUUUCCAGCGGCGGACCAAAGGUCGACAAGUUGAAGUGGAAUUGAUCGAGCGGAAAGAAGCCUUUGCCAGAGCGGCGGCCUUGGAGACGGGCAAAUCCAGCUGUCAACCCAAUGACGACUGUCUGUUGGCCUUUAUCGAUGUGGACAUGGUGUUCACCGAGAAGACGCUGGAUCGCAUCAGAUCGCACACGAUCCGCGGCCGUCAAGUGUACUUCCCCAUUGUUUUCAGCCAGUUCGACCCGUCGUUCGGAGCCCCUCUGGCCGGGUCGUUCGACGCCGAGAUUGCGGACGACGUGUUCGAGAUCGACGACGACCGCGGAUACUGGCGAUUCUACGGCUUCGGCAUCGUCAGCGUCUACCGGAGCGAUUUGGAGCGAGUGGGCGGCAUGAACACGUCGAUUCACGGCUGGGGCCAGGAAGACGUCGACCUCUACGACCGAACGGUGGCCUGUCCCGAUUUGGCCGUCUUCCGGGCCCCCGAUCCCGAUCUAGUUCACGUUUUCCACCCGAUCGCCUGCGACGAUUCCAACUUGACGGAGAAGCAGAAGAAAAUGUGCGUCGGCACGCGCGCAGGCACUUAUGCAAGUCAACAGCGGCUGGCCCGUUAUUGGAUUGAACACCACGCGUACGGCUAAAAAACAAAUUAAACGAUAGCGCCAACUUGUCAAAAGUCUUUCCAAUUUUUUUUUUUUUUUUACAUUUGUCCUAUUCUUAUUCCUAUUAAAAAAAGAACAGUUUUCUUGCCAUUCCUUCAGCUUAAUUUUUUUUUGUUUCGAAUGUGAGCCAAUCGAUAACGGAUUUCUCUGCCGUGCUGUGCCUUGUUCCUACCUUAGCGCGCACAAUCUAAUCAAUACAUCGCCAACUGUGAAACCUU